CCAGUCGGCAAUCGCACUGCUUCCGCUGUAUCUAAUUAGAUACAUAGGUCCGCGAUGCGGUAACACUAUGUAAGGGAUCAAUUUACGAGAUUUUUUUACUCUCUUUGUUUACUUCGUCGUAUCAGUUAACUUCGUAACAUCGUGAUCAACCGUCGAGAAAAUUUAAAUUAUGUAUAACGUAUCGAAUUCGAUAAACUCAUUCACCGGUGAUCAUACAUUCAAGGUUACAUUGUGAUAAUGUGAUUUAAUUUAUCAUUAAUGUGAAACUUUUGCGUUAGUUUUGAACAAUUUUUGUUAACGGUUAAACAUUUGUAGAGAUUCCCCUUGCGUUCGUCAAUUCUACAUCUACGAAACAUUUAAUAAUUUGCGUGGUCAGAGUAAUAAUAGUCAGGGGUGGGAGGUGGAUAAGCGCGCUUGAAGAGUAUAUUAUGAUCAAGUGACAGUUCGCCAGCAUAUCAUAACGUUCGUGUCGUUGAAAACUUGUGCAUCGUUCGGCUACAGUGUAUGUUAUUUUUCGCGCCUUUCCAUUUUGAGAUUCCAACUGAUCGGUCCAAGUUAGUUUGGCAGGGCGUUAACAGCAAAAUAAACGAUUCGAUUGGUUACGAUAUUGUGGAGAGAUUUUCUAAAAAAGCACUGUAAAUUUUAAUCUCGGGUCGUGAGGGCUAUCACGUCGCAUUUCUCUUUUUCUUUUCACUCAAUGCUUCGUAUAACGUGAAAAGUCGAAGAUUUGUUCAGUGUUGAUCGAAACGUAUUUUCGUCUCGAAUGAAUUCAGUUGUCUAAGAAAAGAGAGGAAAGCAAUCGUAAUCAAGUGUAACUGGUAAGAUACUCGUUACAUCGAAGAGUUUAAGGAAGAAUAUCCGGAGUAUAUACGAUCAUUGUUUCAAAUACAAUAAGCAGUAUGACUAAAGUAUCGGGAAUGGUCGAGACAGAGGACGUUGUCGGAAAACCGACUUUUGUUCGACGUGUGUCCAAUAUGCUAAAAGAUGGAAGUUACAGCGAACCACCGAUGCUAUUUCGUCACGCUUCUAUGCAGAAAAUUCGCCACUGUUGUCAAAAUUUGAAUUUAUUGCCUUAUCUGCUAUAUUCCUUCGACAAUUCGAAGUCGCACCCAAUCGCCCGUAAAGUACAUAAUUGUCUCGGCCAGUUUCUUCAAGUAAUCACAGCGAGGAUCUUUUUGCUAUACAAAAGUUUUCGGCGAUCAUUGCUCUGCGGUAUUCGUUCAAGCGAAUUUCAAGCAUCCGAGCCACCAAAAACCCCCGAACCUUGCAAAUUUACAGCGAGAUUCCAAACUACAAGGCAAUUGAAACGCAAACAAAAUAAUCGGCUGAUCUUGACCCUAGGCGUGUACUUUGCCCCUUUGUUUUUGUUCUCACAACUGGUCGGACUAUUCUGUCUGAUGAUAUUUGGAAAGUAUACGCCUGGUUUCAUUUUCCUAAUAUCGGCCCUAUUGUUUCUCGCCUACAUCUCGUUCAAAGUUCUCUUUCACGAUGCCGAAUCGACGAGACCAUCUAGACGUAGAUAUCGCAAGAUAAUUAAAGCGGAAUGAUUGUAUCUUGUGCCCGCUUAUCUAAACUAUUACUAUAUGAUCAGACUGUCCAUUGGAUAGAUAAUAGACCUGAGAGUAUUGAGUCUUUGCCUAAUUUACCGUUCUCCAUUUUCGUAUUUGAUUAUACUUAAGCGAUGCGAUACCAGGUAGGGCUUUACUUAUUACGUGGUCUUGUAUACCGUAUGAAUCAGUUUCGUCCAUAUUCAUUCAUACUCGUCUCUCUUUUUCUAAUAUAUGUACAUGAUAAUCAUGUUUUCAUCAUCGAAAGCUUCGUAGUUACUUUAGGAUCACGAUCGAUCGAUCCCAUUGGUUCGGAAAUUUCAUAAUCUUUUUUUUUUUCUUUUGUACUUGGUCAUUUAUCGGACUGAUACACGUAAUCGUAUGCUCGUUGUUGCGACGUGUAAAAGAUAGAAGGUAAUGUGAUGUGUUUUUUUUUUAUAAAUAGGUCUUAAAAAUUUAUGCGAUAAAUUUUUAUCAAUACUGGCAUAAAUCGUAAUCCUUCUGUUAUUUUAUAUUUUUGCCUUUUUCAAAAUAAUUCUAAGAAUCAUUGUCAAUAUUAUAUCAUCGUGUUAGUUAACGCUAUGUAUAAUAU